GGAAAGAAGAUGAGGCGAGGCGGGCGGAGGAAGAAGAGGCGCCUGUCGCGCGGAGCCUCCUGGUCUUAGGGCUCCAUUUCAGCACCAUAUCAGAUGUAUAUGACUAAAUUCGCACAACCGUGUCUUCAGGAGGAUAGCCAGUAAUUUGAUACUAUGGAGAGUAUUACAGAGCUAUUUGGUGACUUAUGUGAGGCUCACAGUGCAAGUUCGUCAAAGAAGGACCACCUGAACAGAGGGAGGAAAAAGUCAAAGAAAAGUCUCAAAAGGAUUGCAUAUAAUGCUUUGUUUGCAAACCUUUUCUUGGAUGAGGCUCGGAAGGUGCAGUCCUAUGUUGGCCAACUUCCAGUGAAAAACAAGAUUUUGAUGCUGUCUUUCAAUCUGAGAGUUGCUGGAAUGAGCCCAGAAGCAGACAGGUUGGAAGAGCUUGUGGAUGAGUUGGAAAAGUCUGUUUCUCUACCAUUUACAGAAAUUAACUCUGUUUUGGAUCUUCUGGUACAGCUUGCAGGAACGGGGCCACCUCAGUGUUUACCCCCCAAAAGGGAUUACUUUAUGAAUAACAAGUAUGUUGGAAGAAAUGUUAAAUAUCAAGGUUACGAUUAUUAUGACGUCAGUGUGUUUGAAGCCAAUAUACAGACAUUUAUUGCCAAUGAGGAGUGUCAGUUUAAUGAUACAAUUCAGAAGACACUACAGGUCAUGGAGGCAGCACCAGGCACAGGUCUUCCUACCAUGGAGUCAUUUACUCAAAGGUGCCCAGUAGGUGACAGGUUUGAGAGGGAAACCCACGUCUCGCUUUUUGGUGCUCUUGUCCACAGCCGCACUUAUGACAUGGACAUCAAGUUGGAUCUCCCACCAGUGCCUGACAACGCAGAUUUAUCUGGACUUGCGAUCAAGGUUCCUCAAAGCAUAGAUCCUUCAGAAGAUGAGGGAUUCCAGUCUGCAUCCAACCUCACCCCUGACUCCCAGUCGGAACCCAGCGUGACUCCAGAUAUUGACCUCUGGGAAGCAGUGCUUACUUACGGACCUAGUAAACGAAGGUGCUGGGAGAGGAUUGGCUGCCCGCCUGGGAAAAAAGAAGAACCAUACCUUUCCGAAGCUGGAAGAGAAGCCUUUGACAAGUUUUGCCGACUUCGAGAAGGGGAGUUACAACUCUUCAGCAGCACAAAGCUGCAGAUUCCACAACGUGUACUAAUAAAAGAGUUGGAACUAGUGAAGGAUGUUCUGAAUGUCCUUAUUGGAGUGGUGUCUGCUUCAUUCUCGUUUAAUCAGGCAGCUCAGAUGUUUACGGUCAAGCAAGGCAUUUAUGUGUCCGGAACAUCACCUGAAAGCAUGCAGCAGCUCUUGUCCGAAGUUGCUCAGUAUGGAACCUACUACACGCGGCUGAGUCGUUUCUCUGUCCAGCCAGUCUUAGACUCUUCAUACAGUAAAGGACUGGUGUUUCAGGCAUUCACAAGUGGGCUGAGGAAGUAUCUACAAUACUACCGAGCAUGCGUUUUGUCAACUCCUUCUACUUUAACACUUCUAACUAUAAGCUUUCUGUUCAGAAAACUAGGACGCCAGCUCAGGUAUUUAGCUGAACUCUGUGGCAUAGGAGUGACUGCAGCGGGAACUGUUGGAGCUGUUGGCACUGCUUCUUUCCCGACAGGUGUGAAACUUCUUUCAUAUCUGUAUGAAGAAGCUCUUAAUAACUGCAGCAAUGAACAUUACCCAGUUCUACUGUCACUGUUAAAAACGAGCUGUGAGCCAUAUACAAGGUUUAUCCACGACUGGGUGUAUAGUGGUGUGUUUAGAGAUGCGUAUGGUGAAUUCAUGAUUCAGGUGAAUGAGGAAUAUCUUGGCUUCAGAGAUAAACGCUACUGGACCCAUGGGUACAUUCUCAUUUCCAAAGAAGUAGAAGACUGUGUCCCCUUGUUCUUGAAGCAUGUUGCUAAUGAUGUAUACAUUUGUGGGAAAACCAUAAAUUUAUUAAAGUUGUGCUGCCCCAGGCACUAUAUAUGCUGGUCAGAUAUUCCAGUUCCUCGGAUUUCUGUAAUUUUCUCCCUUGAGGAAUUGAAAGAGAUUGAGAGAGACUGUGCUGUGUAUGUGGGCCGAAUGGAAAGAAUUGCACGAUACAGUUCCAUCAGCAAGGAAGAAAAGAAGCUGCGUAUGGAAAUUGAAAAACAGGAGUUAAUUGUUCAUGCUCGAGAAACAGCUAGCAAAGCUCUAAAAGCCAUUACUGAUCAGCAAAUAGCAGAGAAAAUGGCACUGGAUGUGAAGAAACGAGAGCAGUUUCAGAAACUGAAGGAACAGUUUGCAAAGGACCAAGAGCGCCGACGUGCUCUGAAACAGGAGGAGACUGAUGACGAUUUCAGUUACGCUCGGGAACUUAGGGAGAGGGAGAGAAGAUUGAAGGCUUUAGAGAAAGAAUUGGAGAAAAAGGCAAGGCAAGAGUUAAUUGACCACUACAGCAAACUGUCUGAAGAUGCAACACGUAGAGAGAAAAGAGCAUUAUGGAAGACUCAGAGGCACAAACUGGAAACUGCUCGCCUCACUUUUCUCUUGGAAGAUCAGAAACAUAUUGAGGGCAUGCUUGAGAAGUUGCCUGGCGGAAAAUACAGGAAGAGAUUAGACAUAAUUCCAGAAGGUCGGUGCCAACAAGUUUCCACUUCAGUUGGGCCUGUAAGAGAUUCCAGCCUUCAGCAAACAUCUGUAGAACCUGAGAAUCCUCAUGUUCGGAAUGUUGUUGAGAGGGAUGCAGAAUCUGGACUGUCAGGUGAUGCUUUGGAUGGCAAAUCAUUGGACUUAGCACAGUCAACAAAUGUGCAGUCUGAUGACCAUCAUGAGUCAAAAAAGGAAGAGAUUACAUCUCAGGUGCACCAUAGCGAGCAAACAGCAAGUCCAUUGGAGAGCAUUCCUGAACUCAGCCUGGACUUUGAAGACUUCUUACCAAAACCUCCAGAAGAAAUGCUCGUCCCUCCAGAGGAGACAAGUUUGUUGGACAAAGCUUUGCAAAAUAUCAGCUCAGAUCUUUCCUUGACUGCUUGUGCAGAUGAACAUCCUCCUGUGCAGAAAGACACAGCAGAAGAGGAAACCAGUCCCCAAGCUGACUUACCCAGUGAAUAUGAUUUUAAUACCAUCCUCAGGCCUUCUGCUUCGUGCAGCCAUGUCCGAGUUGGAGAGAAUGUCUUUGAUGUUGAGAGCAGGAGGCCUCGUUGGAAUGUUCAUGACCAUGCAUCUGAUGCAAACAUUAAAGUAGGGGAAUACACUCCUCUUACUCAACUAUACCAGUCACACGCAAAUCCUCAUGGCCAUUCUUCGGAUGCACACAUUAAGAUUGGAGAAUAUACAUCUGAGGUGGAACCUAGCCGGCCCCGCUGGAAUGUCCAUGGCCAUGUCUCAGCAGCUCAUAUUCAAGUUGGGGAAUAUGCCUCUGAGGUAGAGUCCUCCAGACCUAGGUGGAAUAUUCACGGGCAUGCAUCAGAUGCCAAUAUAAAGAUUGGUGAGUAUGUGUCAAACAUAGAGCCAACUAGACCGCGGUGGACCAUUCAUGGCCACGUAUCAGAUGCCAACAUCAAGAUUGGGGAAAACGUAUCUGAAGUUGUGUCUUCUCGACCUCGUUGGAACAUUCAUGGGCAUGCCUCCCAAUCGCACAUUAAACUUGGAGAGCUAGUUUCCGACAUGCAGGUUUCCAAGCCUCGAUGGAGCCCUUUUGGUCAUGCCUCACAGUCCAGUAUUCAGAUAGGGGAGUGGGUCCCCUCAACGGAAACUGACUUGAUUCCUCAUCAUAAAUCGGCCUCUGGUCCUGCAUCUGGCUCUACAGUCCAGACUUUCCUGUAUGGACAAGAACUCUGUACAGCCAAAGGGAGUGAGAAGGGCCAAGAACACCAGGGAGAGUCCUUGCCCCAGUCAGAGUCAUCUGGUGGGGCACUGGCUGAUGGUUCGGAUGAACAGCAAGGAAGAAGCUUGGGAAAGAGCCAGGAGAAAGCAGACCUGACUGAUAAUACCAAAGAUCUCCCCCCCAGUCCUCCUCAGAAGUUACAGGUAGAGGAACCUAGGCAAUCCACUGACAUGGUCCCUGUGAUGCAACCCACUUUCUUCCCUGAAAUUAGUGCGUCUGAAAGCCCGGGAGGAGGAGACACCACUGUUGCAAAAUGGGAGAAAGAACAAGAUUACAUGAAAGUGUUGUCUGAUCAGUAUUGUCUUGAGAAAUAUCAGGACAGCUAUGAUUUGAUGUCAGAGCUUCCUGUUUCCCAUCUCUUGCAUCAUGUGAUACCGAGAUCCUAUACUUUCCCCGUGGAUCCUUCAAUUCAAUCGGGAACAGAUGAAACAGCUGUACAACUCAGUGAGCUCUUAUCUCUUCCAGUGCUGAUGAAGCGGUCAGUUACUGCCCCCUUGGUUUCUCAUGUUUCACUUGUGAACAAAGCCAUUGUUGACUACUACUUUGUGGAGCUGAAUGUCGAGAAGCAUUUUGAAGCUCUAAGGCAUUUCUUGUUGAUGGAAGAUGGAGAGUUUGCUCAGUCACUGAGUGAUUUGCUGUUUGAAAAGCUUGGAUCCGGACAGACCCCUGGUGAACUUCUCAAUCCGCUCGUCCUCAAUUCCAUCUUAAACAAGGCCUUGCAAUACAGCCUUCAUGGAGACACCCGCCUUGCAUCCAAUCUGUCUUUUGCGCUAAAGUACCUUCCAGAAAUGUUCAAGCCCAAUGCCCCCGAUGCCUUAAAUUGCUUGGAGCUACGAUAUAAGGUUGACUGGCCCUUAAAUAUUGUCAUUACUGAGAACUGCAUGAAUAAAUAUAACAAGAUUUUCUCCUUCCUGCUGCAACUGAAGCACAUGGUGUGGACUCUGAAGGAUGUUUGGUUUCACUUAAAACGAACAGCCUUAGUGAAACAUGCAUCCAACUCUGUGCAGUUUCGUCAGCUCCAGCUCUAUAAACAUGAAAUGCAGCACUUUGUUAAAGUAAUUCAAGGUUAUAUCGCCAAUCAGAUCCUGCAUGUGACAUGGUGUGAAUUUGGAAGUAAGCUGUCUUCUGUUGGGAACCUGGAAGAAAUACACAGAACGCACGCAGAAUACCUCAACAAAGCAAUCUUCCGGGGAUUGUUGACUGAAAAGGCAGCUCCUGUGAUGAACAUCAUUCACAGUAUAUUUAGCCUAAUUCUCAAGUUCCGUAGCCAGUUGAUCUCUCAAUCGUGGAGUUUUGAUGCUGGCAAGCAAAUGGCGGUUCACCCCAACUUUGGUCUGAUGCAGCAAUCCUACAACACAUUCAAGUAUUACUCCCAUUUCUUAUUCAAUGUUGUAACUAAACUAGUAAACAGAGGCUAUCAACCUCACCUGGAGGACUUCUUGUUGCGAAUCAACUUUAACAACUACUACAAAGAUAACUGAGGUUUGAUACUGUUUAACUGGCAGAUUGUAUUACAUGAACAAAGACACAGCAAUAUCAUGAGUAUGUGUUCAUUUAUGAAGCCUGUCUUGGUUGAAUGUUGGUCAUGCUAAGAAUAUGGCUCUUCUAAGAAGAAAAGCUUUUCAUUAAAUACCCUGUUGAAGGUGCAGUGGAAUUCAUAAUAGGAUGGGAAUCUGCAGGAUGCUCCAUUUUUUUUUCUGUAGCAUGGCAGUUUUUCUUCUCAGUAUUGGUGCAGGAAAGCAUGUGACCUGGCACCAACAUGGCAAUGUGUGCAACAAUGUAAAUUUGUUAAUGUGUAAAUUCUUCUUUGUAGUAUUGUGAAAUCUCAUGUAAAUGUGCAAGAAAAUUAAAAAAACGACUUUGAAAUUA